AUGUCUUUCUUCAGAGUACUUAAAUCAAAACUGCCGUGGGCAAAAUCAGUAUUUGAUAAGAUACAGCAAAGAUGUUUUCACACGUCGUCUGCUGCAUCUAAAGGCUUUCAAGUUUCCAUGAGCAACUUAGACACCGUAGCUUUGCCAUAUGAAUGUUUGCAGAGUCGUAUUAAAAUCGUUGCCGAUAGAAUAGGAAAGCCACUGUCGUUAACAGAAAAAGUACUUUACUCUCACUUGGAUGAUCCCGAGAACCAAGAACUCAAACGCGGCGAGUCUUAUUUAAGAUUAAGACCUGACCGCGUGGCUAUGCAAGAUGCUACGGCUCAAAUGGCUAUGUUACAAUUUAUUUCAUCUGGUUUAUCAAAAGUCAUGGUUCCAUCCACCAUUCACUGUGACCACUUAAUUGUAGCUCAAAGUGGUGGAGAAGAAGACUUGAAAAAAGCCAAAGAAAUUAACCAAGAAGUAUAUGAAUUUUUGCAAACGGCUGCCGCUAAAUACGGAGUUGGUUUUUGGAAGCCAGGUUCGGGCAUCAUUCACCAAAUUAUUUUGGAAAACUACGCUUUUCCUGGAUUAUUAAUGAUUGGUACUGACUCUCAUACACCUAAUGGUGGUGGUCUCGGCGGUUUAUGUAUUGGAGUUGGUGGGGCGGAUGCUGUUGAUGUUAUGGCUGACAUUCCAUGGGAACUUAAGGCAGCAACUAUGAUCAGUUAAUCGAACUUGAUUUAAACACAUUGGAACCUCAUGUCAAUGGACCUUUCACACCCGAUCUCUCUCAUCCUAUUUCAAAACUUGGUGACAACGCCACAAAAAAUAAUUGGCCUCUUGAAAUCAAAGUUUGUCUAAUUGGAAGUUGCACUAACUCAAGUUAUGAAGACAUGUCAAGGUGUGCUUCUAUAGCAAAAGAAGCCUUAGCUCAUGGACGCAAAUCAAAAAUUCCAUUUAAUGUAACGCCUGGAUCUGAACAAAUCAGGGCAACAAUUGAAAGAGAUGGGAUUGCACAAAUAUUGAGAGAUUUUGGCGGUACUGUAUUAGCUAAUGCGUGUGGUCCUUGCAUUGGUCAAUGGAAUCGUAAAGAUGUCAAAAAAGGUGAAAAAAAUACAAUUGUCAGUUCAUACAAUAGGAAUUUCACUGGACGAAAUGAUGCUAAUCCAGCGACUCAUGCAUUUGUCACAUCCCCUGAGCUGACUACCGCAUUGGCCAUUGAAGGUAGCUUAAACUUUGACCCUACAGUUGAUUCAAUUAAGGGAUCUGAUGGUAAAGAAUUUAAAUUGAACAAUCCCUUUGGCACUGAACUACCCGCUAUAGGAUUUGAUCCUGGUCAAAAUACUUAUCAAGCUCCACCUGCCGAUGGAUCAUCUGUGAAUGUUGUAGUGGAUCCAAACUCCAAACGUCUUCAGUUGUUGGAACCUUUCAAAGCUUGGAAUGGAAAAGAUUUAGAAAAUCUACCAAUCCUUAUUAAAAUUAAAGGAAGAUGUACUACUGAUCAUAUUUCUGGUGCUGGACUAUGGUUGAAAUAUAGAGGUCAUUUAGACAAUAUAUCCAAUAAUAUGUUCUUGACCGCAACUAAUUCCGAAAAUAAUAAAAUGAAUAAGAUAAAGAAUCAAAUAACCGGUGAGUGGGGCGCAGUACCAGAUACAGCCAGGGAUUAUGAAGAAAGGGGUGUAUCAUGGGUAGUAUUUGGUGAUGAUAAUUACGGCGAGGGAAGUAGCAGAGAACAUGCUGCUUUAGAACCACGUCAUUUGGGAGGAGUUGCAAUUAUUGUCAAGUCUUUUGCACGUAUCCAUGAAACAAAUUUGAAGAAACAAGGAGUAUUAGCUCUUACGUUUGCAAAAGCUCAGGAUUAUGAUAAAGUUCAACCAACUGAUAAAGUAUCUUUGGUAGAACUAAACAAAUUUGUCCCCGGUAAGCCAUUGAAGUGCAUCUUAUCUCACACCAAUGGAAGUAAAGAUGAAAUCAUGUUGAACCAUACAUUUAAUGAACAACAGAUUGAUUGGUUUAAAGCAGGCAGUGCAUUAAACCGUAUGAAGCAAAUCAUUGCUGCUUCCAAAUAA